AUGAUCCUCAAGAUUUGGAUAGAUUACACUGCGGCAUCGAGUUAUACAUUCGGCGAUAUGACAUCUCAGCCGAUUUCCAUCUUUUCCCGUCACAUCACUCUGUUUAGCGCGCUGACCGCUAUCAAACCGGACUCGACCAUAUCGCCUGUCAGCAUCUUCUGGACGAACGCAUGCAUCGCCUUCUUUCCACUUUCCUCGGGGUUCAAGAUUGCCGGUAAAGAGGUAGUCUGGGGAGAUGACAAAAUGCCUGAUUGCGUCGUGCUACAAAUCGCCAUGCUUGACCCUUCCCCUGAGCCUCGGGGCAACGAUACUGUCCCAUCGGAAAAGCUAGUAUUCGUUGUGCAGUGCCAAAGCUCUGAAAAGAACACUCCGCCCGAGUGGAAAUCAGCAGAGGGUCAACUACUGGAUUACUGCGUGGGGAACAUCCGUGGAACAACGCGAACCUUUGCAGCCACGGCAAUCGGAACCAGAGUCAGAUUCUGGAAAUACGACAAACCAGCACUCACGCCUUUACUUCCCGAUGAUAAGACCUAUGAUCUGCUUGAUGGUUCUAGGAGCUGUGAAGUCGAACAGUAUCUGAACUAUAUUAGAGAAAAUGGAUGGAACUGGGUGCAGAAUGGUACCAGGCUGCCAUUGCAGCUCUAG